AUGGGUCCGCCCUUCUCCGCGCCGUGGGCGCCGGCGGUGUGCGGGGUCCCAGGGUGCCCGCAGCCUUACCGGGUUAAGCCAGCGGCGGGCUUGCUGGGAGUGUGCGCGCGUGUGAAUCCACCGGGAUCGCCUUCCAAGCCAGCGUCGGAGGACCCCGAGCCCUUGGCCUCCUCGGGGGCCCGCGUGUUGGAGUGCUUAAUCCAGUUGGUGAGAGCUGGAGCCACACUGAACACCUCCACCACACGCUACGCCCAGACCCCAGCGCACAUUGCUGCUUUUGGGGGACAUCCUCAGUGCCUAGUCUGGCUAAUUCAAGCGGGGGCCAACAUUAACAAACCGGACUGUGAGGGAGAAACUCCCAUUCACAAAGCAGCCCGAUCAGGGAGCCUGGAAUGCAUCAGUACCCUGGUGGCCAAUGGGGCUCAAGCCGACCUGAGAAAUGCCAGUGGCCUGACAGCAGCAGACAUUGCCCAAACCCAGGGUUUCCGGGAGUGCACCCAGUUUCUCUUGAGCCUCCGGAACCACCAUCUGAGCCGUUUCUAUCAUAAUGGCACUCUGACUGGGAGUCAUGAGAACGUGUUUCCCGAUUGCGUUAGUGCGGGAACAAAUCGAAAACGAUGUCUGGAAGAUGUGGCGUCCUCAGGAGUGAAGAAAGCUAGAACUGGAGCUCCAACCCUGGAUUAUGUCAUGCCACUAGUGAAUGGUGAGCUUGAAGACGACGCGGACAAAAUGCACAUUGAUAGAGAGCUUGCCACUGAAACAGAUAUGAGAAACAGUAGCUCCACGUCGAAUACAUUGACAAAUGGAUGUGUCAUCAAUGGACAUAUGGACUUCCCCUGCAUGACCCAGCCCAGUGGGAUGGAAAGCGGGAAUGACCCAUGCCUAGCAGGCUCUAACGGAGUUAGCAAUGGAUUAGUUCCAGGACAGCCAUUUCCAGGCGGGCUGGCCUCUGUCCUUGUUGACGGGACUGAGGACUUGGAGAAGACGGCAUGUGUGAAUCCUGAGAUGUGCGGCUCUCUGCACCUGAACGGGAGCCCGAGCAGCUGUGUGGCCAGCAGGCCUUCCUGGGCUGAGGACCUCGGGGACAGCUUGCAGUACGGCCACUACCACGGCUUUGGGGAUACAGCCGAGAGCAUCCCCGAGCUGAGCAGUGUGCUAGAGCAUUCGAGCUGUGUGCGGGUGGAACAGCGGUACGACUGCGCCAUGCACCUGCACCACGGCUCCUGAGCUGGCGAGAGGGUGGCAGGGCGGCAGGCACCCCUGGCCGGGCACAGGGCAGCUGUGCAGAGGCAGGCUUCCAUCCAUCCCGUUGCUUGGUGGAGGAGAGCUUUCCUGGUGCGGAGGCCACGCCACAGGCAAGCCGCUUCCUUUGUAAGAUGCACUUUUGGAGUAUCUUUUUUUUUUUUUUAAAUACUGUCACCAAAAUUGGCCGUUUUUCUUUUGUGAACUGGAUUGUACCUGAUGGAUUGGGGCAGUCAGUCAGUCCAGGAGGCGCCCGAUAAUUCAUCUGUUUACAUAUGGGCAUUGUUUUAGAAAGCUUGCUUUUUACUCUCCUGUAGCAUUUGUGACCACACGGCUAUUUCCUAUGCAAGGUGCAGCUUUACGAUUUCUUGCGGUGAACCAUAUCAAGGAAAGAACUUUUGUCUUUUUCCAACAUCUUUUCACGGAAACUUUGUAACUUGUCUCGUGAUGGUUUUAGUUGUAGAGGGCUCCCGGGUGCCCCUGUUCAAGGAAUAGACCUCUUGCCUUGGUUUCCUUAGGAGCAGGCUCUACUUGGUGAGCUCAGGUUUGCUAUUUUUACUCCAUAUUUCCUACCUGGGCUCUAUAGAGACUUUUUACCACAGAUACAUAAAGGAAAUUACUAUUUGUAGGAACUAUCUAGUCAAAAUAGUAACCUAUUUUGACUUUUUUUUCUUUUUUAUUUUUUGAGGUUUUCUGCUUUAAAAUAUAUACUACUUUUUCUCUCACUAUAUACAUAUACACACAUGUCCAUUUAACUGGGGGAAUUUUUAAUUUCUCCUAAUAAACUGCAUUAAGUUUAUGAUUUUUAUAGAAAUUAGCUUUUGUUUUUAGUCUACUAGUGGUUACACUGUGCAAACAUUGUAAUGUUUUUACUUUUCUGAUUUUUGUAAUAACAAUUGGUGCAGAUAUAAAAACUGUCAAAUGAACAAACCAAUGUUCUAAGAGUGUACUAACAUUUUGUUUUAAAGCUGCUCUUUAUAAAUUGAAUUAAAAAUCAAAACACAG